UCGGUGGCCACAACGUGGGCGGUGUGCGUGAGCUGCGAGAGAUUAUUCCAUGCCCCGGGCAUAGCUACGUGGUGCUCCGGGGCUUUUUGCACUCCACAUUUCAGCGUGAGUCACUAAAAUGUAUGGUGCAGAAAGCCCUGAAGGCCCCACGUGGCUAUGCCCUUGGGGCAUAGUAUAAUUUUUCGUGAGCUGCUAUCUACUGGAGUACAUUCUCCUCUCUCUCUCUCUCUAACAUUUUCCUUGAGUGAGGAACUUGGGGUUGGGGCUGUCUGUGAAUCUAACCAGGAAGCUAAAAAGUGAAUUUCUAGAGAGAGAGAGAGAGAUGGGGAGGGUAUUCGUGGUGGAGCUGGAGGGUAGGGCUUACAGAUGCAAAUUCUGCAAAACCCACUUAGCCCCUGCCGAUGACCUUGUCUCCCGGGCUUUUCAUUGCCGCAGGGGAAGGGCAUACCUUUUCAAUAAUGCGGUGAAUAUAACUUAUGGACCUCAUGAGGAGAGGGUGAUGCUCUCUGGAAUGCACACUGUAGUGGAUAUAUUCUGCUGCUGUUGCGGACAGAUUGUUGGCUGGAAAUAUGAGUGUGCACAAGAAAAGAGCCAGAAGUACAAAGAAGGAAAGUUUGUCCUCGAAAGAGGGAGGAUCCUUGAUGGGGUCGAUUCGGAAUUCUAUAUAGAUACCCGCCCUAGUCUGAGCGAUGCUGAAGAUCCGUAGAUAAUUUUUUCAUUUGCCCGGAUAGAUGUAAUAAAUAACCUGAGGUUGCGAAAUAUGUGCAUCUCUGCUGUACAUUUGAACUAUGAAAUUGCCGAAGAAGCUUUUGCUGUCUUUAUGAGCUAUGAUUUGUAUGCCAUCCUAGUGUUUUCUGGUGUUUA